GCCGGGCAAGAUGGCGGCGCUACGGACGAGGUGUUAUUACCAGUGGACAUAAACAGGCAUUUUAUUCAAAGAAGACAAACGGAGACAUAGACAUUAGUAUACCUGACUGUUUUGUGUACGUAUUCACCGCAUGACGAGCAUCGACGUGUGUUUUUAUUUCCACGCUUUCAUGUUUUUUUUCUUUAAAAUGUUCACAUUGUAGCUCGAUCGCUAACCGACCAGCUGGCUAACAGAGAGCAGAAGCUAGCUUUCUAUCACAGGCGAGUCUCCGUGAAGUGGAGAAUGGGAGAAAAGCUGGAGCUCAAGCUCAAAUCGCCGGUCGGAGCAGAACCUGCUGGCUACCCGUGGCCUUUACCUGUAUAUGAUAAACACCAUGAUGCAGCUCAUGAAAUCAUCGAGACCAUUCGGUGGGUAUGUGAGGAGAUUCCAGACCUCAAACUGGCGAUGGAAAACUACGUGCUCAUUGACUACGACACCAAGAGCUUCGAGAGCAUGCAGAGACUAUGUGACAAGUACAACAGGGCCAUCGACAGCAUUCACCAGCUGUGGAAAGGGACCACCCAACCAAUGAAGCUGAACAAGCGUCCCUCCAACGGGCUGCUGAGACACAUCCUGCAGCAGGUAUACAACCACUCAGUGACUGACCCGGAGAAGCUGAACAACUACGAGCCCUUCUCCCCUGAGGUGUACGGAGAGACCUCCUUCGACCUGGUGUCUCAGAUCAUCGAUGAGAUCGAAAUGAUGGAAGAUGACACCUUUGUUGACCUCGGCAGCGGAGUGGGACAGGUGGUGCUCCAGGUUGCAGCAGCAACACACUGUAGACACUACUACGGUGUUGAGAAAGCAGACAUUCCAUCUACCUAUGCAGAGUCCAUGGAUAAAGAGUUUAAAAAGUGGAUGAAAUGGUAUGGGAAGAAACAUGGGGAGUACACACUGGAGAAGGGGGAUUUUCUGUCUGAAGAAUGGAGGGAAAGGAUCGCCAACACAAGUAUUAUUUUUGUGAAUAACUUUGCCUUUGGUCCAGAGGUUGAUCACCAGCUGAAGGAGCGCUUUGCUAAUAUGAAGGAAGGUGGGAAAAUUGUAUCCUCCAAACCUUUUGCACCUUUAAAUUUUAGAAUAAACAGUCGAAACUUGAGUGAUAUUGGCACAAUAAUGCGUGUGGUGGAGCUCUCUCCGCUCAGGGGCUCGGUGUCCUGGACUGGAAAGCCAGUUUCCUACUACCUGCAUACCAUAGACCGCACCAUACUUGAAAACUAUUUUGCUAGUCUCAAAAAUCCUAAACUCAGGGAAGAGCAAGAGGCAGCUAGACGACGUCAGCAGAAGGAUACGAAGGACAGUAAAAGCAAUAGCACCACGCCCACGAAACCUAAAGAACAAAACAAGCAGGACUCCUGUGGUGAAGAGGAGCGUCCGAGCUUGGUGACAGUAGUCAAGCCCCCCGCCAAACCCCGAAGAGCCCGACUCCUGUCCAAAGGUCGCAAGUUGAACAACAAGAAACGCGGUCGACCCAAGAAAGCCGCACCGGCCGCUGAGAAGAAGAACAAGAAGAACCAGAGCGCUUUGGAAUUGCUGCACGCCAAGACCCUGUCUGCAGCACCCCCUCAGGAUGCAUACCGGCCACCUCAGAGUCCCUUCUACCAGCUACCUCCCAAGGUCCAGCACUAUCCCUCAAAUCAACUGUUGCAGACCCCUCCUGGUCUGCAGCAACUGCUAGAUAACAUCAAAGUUCAGUACCUCCAGUUUAUGUCCUACAUGAAGACUCCUCAGUACCGCUCCAACCUGCAGCAGCUUUUAGAUGAGGAGAAGCAAAAACACAGGGACCUGUCGGGGCAGGCAGAGCAGCUCCACUUGGUUUGUCAGUCUCACAAGGACAAGAUCAAAGGUCUCUUUCAGACCAAGCUAGAUGAGCUUGGAGUAAAAGCCUUGACUGUGGAGGACCUGCUGCAGGCCCAGAAGGAGAUUUCUGCCCACAACCGUCAGCUGAAAGAGCAGACGAAGCAGCUCGAGAGAGACAUGGCCUUACUGAGAGACCACAGCCUUUUGUUGCUGAAGUCUCGAUGUGAGGAGCUGAAGCUAGAUUGGGGCUCUUUGUGUCUGGAGAGUUUGUUGAAAGAGAAGCAGGCACUGCGCAGACAGAUCUCUGAAAAGCAGAGACACUGCUUGGAGCUGCAGAUUAGCAUUGUGGAGCUUGAGAAAAGUCAAAGGCAGCAGGAGCUGCUCCAGCUCAAAUCCUCCUACAGCCCCUGUGACGGCUCCCCAUACAGAAAGAGCCUGGAAUCCCGCUCUUCCACAGACAUGGAUUCCUCUAAGCAUGGCCUGUCUUCAGCCCCAGCCCUCAACGGUAUCAGCCCAGAGCUGUCCAUGAAUGGCACCAGCUCACCCUGCUAUGACCGGGCCAACACCAAAGGGGAGCUUCUCUCCCGCUACCUGCCCAUCUCACCAGACCACGAUAUUGUACCUGCCCCCACUGACGCCCGGCAGAGGCAGCAGAGUCACUUCCACGCUCUUCCUGAUUACACACGCUUCUCCCCCGCCAAGAUUGCCUUGCGGAGGCACCUUAACCAGGACCCUACUGCCUCUGCCCACUCAAGAACUCCAGGGCUGACCACACACAGAGAUAUGAUUGGUGUUAAUUCACUGCAUGGAGCCAAACAGAACUGCUCCUCUCCCUGUGCAUCUGACACCCAGAAUCCUCCUAAAGGUUCAGAGAGGGGUAAGGAGAGGAGCCCGUCUGCUCAGGGAGACAAUAGCAUCACAAGCCUUCCUAUAAGCAUCCCUCUGAGCACUGUCCACCCGAGUAAACUCCCAGUCAGCAUCCCCCUGGCCAGCGUGGUGCUGCCCAGCCGUGCAGAGAGACUGAGGAGUACUCCAAGUCCUGUGUCUCAGGCAGGUCAGACCAACGGAUAUUCCUCUAGCUCAGGGCUGAUGAACGGAGGGUCUCACCCUGAGGACCAUAAUGGUGCUUCUUCAUCACCUCCUCCACACACCAACUCUCUUCUGACAGGACCAAUGGGCCGUGGAGGUCACAUCCAGAGCCCCCCACUCGGUACCGGAGGGGUCCUCCAGUACGCUGACGGACCCCCGAGGAUAAUUCCAGAAGACGGGCAGGAUCACCAGGGAGGAGAAUCGGACAUGGAGCCUCAGGACUGUGAAAUGCGGAGGAGGAUCUUCUUCUCUUCCUCCUCCUCUUCAUCCUCGUCUUCCUCUUCGUCAGGCAGCGGAGGCAGCACCGGUGGAGGAUCACGCCUCCACCAUCACACCGGCAACUCGGCCAAGCAGGGAUACCACAGUAACCAUGGAAACCACCACCACCAGUCUCCCGGCACACAGCACGCUCACCAACCCACACACACGUCGUCAUCGCACUCUUCUCACAGCCUCGGCCCUCAGGAGGGGCGGAAGAGGGGAAGGAGGAAGCGUAACUCCACGAUGUCCGUUACAGCGGGCGGAUCCCCAAAGAGGAGGUCGUUCCCCGGGCUCGGUUCCAACAACCACUCCUCAGGAUCACCACUCAACAUUAACACUAUGGUGAACAACAUCAACCAGCCUCUGGAGAUCUCUGCCAUCUCCUCCCCUGAACAGUCGAGUCGCAGCCCCAGUGGGCCUGACCUGGACCAGCCUCCCGUCUUAAAGAGAGAGCGCCCUCUGGAGCUCAAUGGCAACUGUCGUUACUCCUCAGCGCCCAGCUCGGAUGACGAGGAUUCAGGAUAUCCUGCCGACAGCUCCAGUUCAAGAAUUGAAAGAAAAAUCGCCACUAUAUCCUUGGAAAGCAGGGAUGGACCUGGUAGAAUAGGGGAUAAUGAAAGAGGCAGAAAAUCUGGUAGCAGUAGUGGUAACAGCACAGGCAGCGAGGCCUCCUCUUCCUCCUCCAUGUCCUCUACCAGCAAGUGGAAAUCCACUUUUUCCCCCAUUUCUGACCCAAAGCAACCCAACUCUGACGUGAGACAAGGGGGCUCUCCCUUUGGCAUGGGGGGGUCUGGCCGGGGUACAGACUCUGAUUCUGACCACAAACAACAGCAUCAGCAGAUGAGAAGAGGCAGUGAUGGAGAAUCAUCCAACUACAUGACCCCUAACCCUUUCCUCAGUCAGGAAGCUGGGACCCGGGGUGGAGGCAGCAGCAGUGGUGGUGGUAGUGGGGGGGGUGGUGGCGGUGGUGCACAGGGCAGUGGUUCAGACCAGCGACAAGCCCUCCAGAAGCAGAAGGCCAGCCGCGAAUGGGAGCUGAAGACGAGCAGCAGCCUGGGAAGCCAAAACCUCUUCAUCUCUGCCGCCGCCAGCAGCGGAGGAGGCAUCCUGAGCGGGAAGGUUGGAGGAAGUCCUGUAGCAGUUUCCUCAACGACGGGAUCAUCCGUGGGACAGUACCUGGGGCCUCAGUUCCCGCUCGGAGGGUCCUCGGUCUUACAGUCUCUGUUUGGGGCUCAGACGGGAUCAACAGCAAGUGCGACCGCACGACUCGUCAACGGACACUCAGCCCUGGGAAGCUUCUCCAGUCCGGGGCUGGCAGGGGGAGCGGCAGGAGGUAUUUUUCACCACGUGGUUCCCACAGCGUCCUCCCAUCAGUUUGGGGCGGCGCUGCCCACCUCUGGAGGCCUCGGCUCUCUGCUCAGUCUCUCCUCCUCCUCUACCUCCUCCCAAACCCAGCAGCACUCCACACUGCAACCAGCCUCCACGCGCUUGGCCUCCGCAGCCUCACCUCUCCCCCACCACUCUCUCUCCCAGGCGCAGCACAGCCGCAUCCAGUCCGUCCUGCACAGCCCCUCUCCUCCCACGCUCUCGCUGCCCCCUCCUCCACCCCUUCAUAGCGCCUCUUCCUCCUCGACGACCACGCACUCUGACGCCCCGCCGUCCUCUCGAUCAGACUCCCUCCACUCCUCUCGUCUGUCCCACUCCUCUCUCCACCACCAGAGAGCACAGUCAUCCCUCUCCUCCUCUACCUCUGCCUCUUCUGCGUCUGUCUCUGCCGCUCCUGCUACUGCCGCCCACCCCUCCUCUUCCUCUCUGUCAACCUCCUCUUCCUCUUCGUCCCGUCCAUUUGCAGUGCACUUCUCCCCUCGGCUGCCCCCUCCACCACCAGCUAGCGGCACAGGUGGUGGCGGGAGCAUGUGGAGGACUCAGAGCAUGCAUGGUACCCACACCAGCUCCCAGCUCCCCGGCUCCCGGCCUAGAUAAGGUUUGGGAGUGAGCGGAAGGAGGGAGGUUGGAGAGGGAGAAGGGCAAAGGGCAAUCAGGGGGUGGAAAGAGGGAGAGAAUUAGAAAGAGAGACUGAUAGGGAGUGUGAGAGACAGAAUACCUGUUUUCUCUGUGCUCCCAAAAGCUGUUGUGCUGAUUGAACAAGGUAAUUGAUGAAAACUACCUCAACAUUAAAUAAACUAUGCAAAUGUCCAGGUGUGGACCAGGGCACUCUCCUCACUCACCGGUGCUUCAAAACGUCUCCCGCUACCCAACUGCCUCCAAGACCGGCUUCUGUACUGGGAACUCUGACACACGCAUGAACAUAAACUUAUCUCACACACACACACACACACACAUGCACACACAGACACACACAUUAACCCUCACCAUGGUUAGCCUGAGCAGAGUUCUCUCAGCACUGGUCGUGUUUCUGCGUGACGUGGCUGCUCCACAACUCAGUUCUCUUAAUUAUGAGGAUGUCUUGUUUAACAUUAAGGUGCUAGAUAGUAUGAGAGUUGACUUUCUUAUCAUGGUCACUGUUGUAACAACUAUACUGUUAAGCAAAAUAAUCAUAUUUAAUGUAACAUUCAAUGACAGAUUGAAGCACAAGCUCCAUCUUUUGAGCUUAAUCGCAUCAUGUCACAUUCCCUCCAAGUUUCAUCAUCGCAAACAAACACACACGUACACACGUACACACACAGAGAAACAUUGACCGGUUCACUGAACUCUGCUCAGAUGUCAUGCAGUUAGACAUCUCUGCAUGCUCUCUCUCUCGCUCUGUUAUCUCCCGUCAUUCUAAAAUCUGUUGCAAAAUAUUCAAAUAUGAAUCAAGCAGCGGGACGAUUGAGACACAGUUGUUUGUGUAGCAGAAGAUGUACGAGUCCUGCCUGGUUCGGUGACAACCCUUGAAUGUUCGGCUUACGCGAGGCUCGCGAUCAUUAUCUAAAAUUAAAACAAAGACUUUGAAGUUCCUCGACUUUAAAAGCAAAGUAUGAAAUAAAAAACGAGAAUCCUUUCUUUGUGACAAACUGGUGUAAAACCAGUUGCUGAGUGAUUUAAAAAAAAAAAAUCAGGUGUGUUUCAGUGUUUCCCUUUUUAUGUCACAUGAUUUAAAUAUCAGUGAAAGUUUCUUCAUCUGCUUCUAAAAGGAGCAAUCAAUUCUAUUUAACCUCCUCUGAACCGAUACGUGAGCUGUAGAUGGAAGAAAACAUCAGAGUAUGUUUGAAAUCCUGAACACACAUCAUUCAUCCUACUUCAUGCAGUGGGUGCUAUUGACGCUGAGCGGAGAUGAGUACAUUAUUAAAAAUAACCCAUGAAUUUCAUCCAGUCAGAUGGUGCUCUGUGUAGACAUUAGCCUGUCUCUAAUAGACACCCUGUGAUGUCAAAGAGUGUUUGGCUUCACUGUUUGGUGCUGUAGUGAAGCUGAAUCCAGGUAAAAUCAUAGAAAAUGUAACUCUCUUUCUUUUUGUUUAACUUAUGAACUUUCUUUCUUCUUUUACACACAAUUUGGUAAAUGACACUACCAUGUGGGAAACUCUUACAGCAGGAAUUUUUAACUCUUCUUAAGCUAAACUUAUUUGUAUUUAUCUCCACUGUUGGGAAAUGCAGUUUUAAGAUAAGGUUUCGGACUCAUUCUGUGGAAACACACACACACACGCAGACAUACACACACACACGCAGACAUGCACACACGCAGACACGCACACACUCAUGCAUGCAGCUCUGCUCACACUGAGAAACAAUGAACCAUGACCACAUGAAACUACUGGACUCUCUUCACACCUUUUUGAUUGCUUUUUUUUUUUUAAUGUGUUAUUUGUUUUUGUAAACAGUGUUUGUACUGUGAAUGUGAUUCAUUCUCUGUAUAGUUGUGUAUAAUUUAGAUGAUUAUAUUUAUGCCGUCAGUCUCUUCAUUUGCCUCGUUUGUUUGUUUGUUAUUCUCUUUUUUUUUAAGUCCUGAAAUGUGUUGACAUUGUAGAAUGCAAUAGUGUGUGUACUUGACUCACAGUCUGAAAAUAACGGUGCUACGUUUGGACUGUUCCUGAUCUUAUUUAUUCUGUAGUGAAAACAUCAAAAACAAAUUGGUGCUGUACACAGGGACAUUUUUAAAGCCUUUGUUUUGGCAUUUCCUAUCUCAUAUUUAAUAUGCUAUUGUCGGGUUUUUUGAAUGCCUACUGUACACCUGUAGACACCACCUUCAGAUGACAGCUGGCUGUGAGCGUGAGCAGACGGGAUGUUCCCGUUCCUCACGCAGCAGGUGAUCACUCAAGUCAGCUGCUCAUCAUUAGUGAACAAGACACACUGAUUUUUGUACAUAACUUUUUGUUUCCCCUUUUAUGUCUCUCCAUCAUAAACAGAAAGGUAUAUAAAUGUA